CUCCUCUGCUCCCCUGCUCAGUGCUCCCUUUUGCACAGAGCUCCCCCUGCUCCCCUGCUCGGUGCUCCCCUCUGCACAGAGCUCCCCCUGCUCAGUGCUCCCUUCUGCACAGAGCUCCCCCUGCUCAGUGCUCCCUUCUGCACAGAGCUCCCCCUGCUCAGUGCUCCUCUCUGCACAGAGCAUCCCCUGUUCAGUGCUCCCUUGCACAGAGCUCCCCCUGCUUAGUGCUCCCUUGCACAGAGCAUCCCCUGCUCGGUGCUCCCCUCUGCACAGAGCAUCCCCUGCUCAGUGCUCCCUUGCACAGAGCUCCCCCUGCUCAGUGCUCCCUUGCACAGAGCUCCUCUUGCUCCCCCUGCUUAGUGCUCCCCUCUGCAGAGAGCUCCCCCUGCUCAGUGCUCCCUUCUGCACAGAGCUCCUCCUGCUCCCCUGCUCAGUGCUUCCCUGCACAGACCUCCUGCUCCCGUCAGUGCUCCCCUGCACAGAGCUCCCCCUGUUUUCCCCUGCUCAGUGCUCUGUCUGAUCAGUUCUCCCUCUGCUCCUCAAGUGUUCCCCCUGCUCCUCAGUGCUCCGGCGCCAUGUGCGGGAUAUUUGCUUACCUGAAUUACCACGUUCCUCGAACAAGGCGGGAGAUCUUGGAGACCCUUAUUAAGGGACUUCAAAGGCUCGAGUACAGAGGAUACGAUUCUGCAGGGGUUGGAAUCGACGGAGGUAACGACAAGGAUUGGGAAUCGAACGCCUGCAAAAUCCAGCUCAUCAAGAAGAAGGGGAAGGUCAAAGCCCUGGAUGAAGAAGUGAACAAACAAGAAGACCUGUACCUGGACAUUGAGUUCGACGUCCACCUCGGCAUCGCUCACACCCGCUGGGCGACUCACGGGGAGCCCAGUCCGGUCAACUGCCACCCGCAGCGCUCCGAUAAAAACAACGAAUUUAUUGUGAUUCACAAUGGAAUCAUCACCAACUACAAAGAUUUGAGGAAGUUUCUGGAAAGCAAGGGCUACGAUUUUGAAUCCGAAACCGAUACCGAGACCAUCGCCAAGCUGGUCAAGUACAUGUAUGACAACCGGGAGAGUGAUGACAUUAGUUUCACCACCCUCGUGGAGAGAGUAAUCCAACAACUGGAAGGCGCUUUUGCACUUGUGUUUAAAAGCGUCCAUUAUCCUGGACAAGCGGUAGGAACCAGGCGGGGAAGCCCCCUGUUGAUUGGGGUUCGCAGCGAACACAAGCUCUCCACUGACCACAUCCCGAUCUUGUACCGAACAGCCUUACAAACUAUUGAUCAUUCUAUGGAUGGAAUAUCCAUAGAACAAGAAGAAGAUGCCUUCUUCACGUGCAAAGACAAGAAGGGGAGCUGCGGCCUCUCGAGGGUGGACAGCACCACCUGUCUCUUCCCCGUGGAGGAAAAAGCCGUCGAAUACUACUUUGCUUCCGAUGCCAGCGCCGUGAUCGAGCACACGAACCGCGUCAUCUUCCUGGAAGACGACGAUGUGGCGGCGGUGGUGGAGGGCCGCCUGUCCAUCCACCGCAUCAAGCGGACGGCGGGAGACCACCCCGGCCGGGCCGUGCAGACCCUGCAGAUGGAGCUUCAGCAGAUCAUGAAGGGCAACUUCAGUUCGUUCAUGCAGAAGGAGAUUUUUGAGCAACCAGAAUCUGUGGUGAACACGAUGAGAGGAAGAGUCAACUUCGACGACUACACUGUCAACUUGGGCGGUUUAAAGGAUCACAUCAAGGAGAUCCAGAGGUGUCGGCGUUUAAUCCUCAUUGCCUGCGGAACCAGUUACCACGCGGGGAUGGCGACUCGCCAAGUCCUGGAGGAGCUGACGGAGUUGCCCGUGAUGGUGGAAUUAGCCAGCGACUUCCUGGACAGGAACACGCCCGUCUUCCGAGACGACGUCUGCUUCUUCAUCAGCCAGUCGGGGGAGACGGCGGACACCCUGAUGGGCCUGAGGUAUUGCAAAGAGCGCGGGGCGCUCACCGUCGGGGUCACCAACACGGUGGGGAGCUCCAUCUCCAGGGAGACGGACUGCGGGGUCCACAUCAACGCCGGGCCGGAGAUCGGCGUGGCCAGCACCAAGGCUUACACGAGCCAGUUUGUGUCCCUGGUGAUGUUCGCCCUCAUGAUGUGCGACGACCGAAUUUCGAUGCAAGAAAGACGCAAAGAAAUAAUGCGAGGCUUGAAAGGGUUGCCAGAUCUCAUCAAGGAGGUCCUGAGCAUGGACGACGAGAUUCAGAAGCUGGCCACGGAGCUCUAUCACCAGAAAUCCGUGCUCAUCAUGGGCCGGGGCUACCACUACGCCACGUGCCUCGAAGGAGCGCUGAAAAUCAAAGAGAUCACGUACAUGCACUCGGAGGGCAUCCUGGCGGGGGAGUUGAAGCACGGCCCGCUGGCCUUGGUGGACAAGCUGAUGCCCGUCAUCAUGAUCAUCAUGAGGGACCACACUUACGCCAAGUGCCAGAACGCUUUUCAGCAAGUGGUGGCCCGCCAGGGCCGCCCCGUCGUGAUCUGCGACAAGGAGGACAGCGAGACCAUCAAGAACACGAAGAGGACGAUUAAAGUCCCUCAUUCAGUGGACUGCCUUCAGGGAAUCCUCAGCGUCAUCCCCUUGCAGCUCCUCGCCUUUCACCUCGCUGUUCUCAGAGGAUAUGACGUUGAUUUUCCGAGAAAUCUGGCCAAAUCGGUUACUGUGGAGUAAAGAGCGACGGAAACUCUGAGGGGCAAAAGCCAAGCAAAGACAGUCUCUUGGUACCAAAAGAACUUGAUUUCUAGAGUCGCUUCUUCCCACCUCGUUUUGGAGAUUCCUAGAUUACCGUUGAUUAUUCCGUUUUAUAACUGGGGGGGAAUCCCGCUUAUUUUGCCAAAAUCGAAAGGGGUUAGAAACGAGGAGCUUCUUUAAAGAUUGCCAAAUGUUUAAUUUCUGAGAUCCCUCCGUCCCUCUGAAAGGGUUGGGUUGAAUUAAACCGUUGCCGUGCUUUAUUCCUCCGGACCGAUAAGGUGAUUGUGGAUUGGAAAUACCGAAAGCCUGUGCUGACGUCUGCCCGCGUCCGGAGGAUGAAUUAAGCUCCGAUUGGAUCUGUGAAUCGAUCAUUUGUAUUUAUUGGGCGCUCACUGUAUGUGGAGCAAUAUACUAAGCUCUUGGGAGAGCAUUAUACCGGACGCAUUCCCUGCCCACGAUGAACUGACAGUCUGUCGGACGUGCUGCUCUGAUUUAAUAAUAAUAAUAAUAAUGAUGCUGAUGAUGAUGGUGGCAUUUGUUAAGCGCUUACGAUGUGCCAAGCAUUGCUACUCUUGAGAUGUAAAUUGGGUUCUGUUUGGCCUUUGCCUGAAUCUGUAAAAGCCAAGGCCUUGACUCUCGGGUGAAAUUUAUGCCCUUAGUAAUAAUAAUAAAAAUUUUGGUAUUCCGCGCUUGCGAUGUGCAAAGCACUGUUACUCUGGAGAUGUAAACUGGGUUCUGUUUGGCCUUUGCCUGAAUCUGUAAUAGCCAAGGCCUUGACUCUCGGGUGAAAUUUAUGCCCUUAGUAAUAAUAAUAAAAAUUUUGGUAUUCAGCGCUUGCAAUGUGCAAAGCACCGUUACUCUUGAGAUGUAAAUUGGGUUCUGUUUGGCCUUUGCCUGAAUCUGUAAAAGCCAAGGCCUUGACUCUCGGGUGCAAUUUAUGCCCUUAGUAAUAAUAAUAAAAAUUUUGGUAUUCAGCG